UGCCCGUGUGAGUUACAUUGCGCGCGUUUUUCAUACUAACUAUAACAUAGCAAAUGUUUCGCUAAUCACUAGCUGUUAUGAUUAGUGAGAAAGAAAAGGGUGAGAGCGACCUAUUCUUGCGUUAACUUGUGUCGUGUCCAGUCCCCAGUGUGAACCAGAGACCAGUGGACCACUGAGACCGAGCGGGAACAGUCAGCCGGCAGUGCAGCGCGCUCAUCACAAGUGCGCGAGCCUGCGCGCGGCGGCCAUCAUUAAAAAUUUCCCCGCCUUUGAUCUUCGUAAAGAUUAUAAAGAUAUUAACUUAAUUAUUUAUUUAUUAUAACAUUAAAAUUAUUUUCGGUGUUUUAAGUGUUGUGCAACAUAGUUUCUGCAGAUUAUCGGAGAUCUGAAGACAGGCAGACAUGAAUAAAAAGUCUCACAAGAAAAAACAAAAGAAACGCGGCAAAGGCGAGAGCCGCAAUAAGGAGAACGUGGAAGAUGUACAAACCUCGGAAGCGGCUCAGGAGCCGCAGCCGCCCGCCAAGCCGCAAGACGACCAGCUUUGCUAUGAGGUCAAGCACUCGGAUGUCAUGGGCAGGUACGUGGUGGCGCGACGUGACAUCGUAGCGGGAGAGGUGAUAAUGGAGGAGCCCGCGCUGGCGGUGGGCCCGUGCAGCGGCUGCGGCCUCAUCUGCCUCGGCUGCUAUCGCGAGCUCGACGACAACGCUAUCGUCAAAUGUAAAGGCUGUUCCUGGCCGCUGUGCAGCGAGUCGUGCCCGGGACAAGGAAAGUACACCGGGCACUCGGCCGCCGAAUGCACCACGCUGAGCUCCGUGGAUGUCAAGCCUGACUACAACAACCUCGAGGACUUGAAAGACUGCUACCACGCUAUCACACCCUUGAGAUGUUUGUUAUUGAAGAAAGAGGACCCAGAGAAGUGGGCAUCGCUGUGUGCAAUGGAGGCGCACAACGCGCUGCGGCGAGCGCGUGCCGACAUCUGGCCCGCCAACCAGAAGCACGUAGUGCGACGCCUGCAAAACUGGGGCCUGCAAUACGACGAGGACGAGAUACACACCGUCUGCGGUAUACUUGAGGUGAACGCAUUCGAGGUGGGCGGCAGUGGGGCGAGCGCUCGAGCGCUGUACGACAAGGCGUACCUGCUGGCGCACGACUGCACGCCCAGCACGACACACACAGACUCCGAGCGACGCGCCGGCCGGCCGCUGACCGUGCGCGCCGCGCUGCCGCAUCGCCCCGGCGACCUCGUCUCCCUCUGCUACGCCUACACGCUGCAGGGCACAUUGAAACGGCGUGAACACCUAAAGUUGAGCAAGUUCUUCGAGUGCGCGUGCAAGAGGUGCGCGGACCCCACAGAGCUGGGCACCUACUGCAGCGCCUUCUGUUGCCCCAAGUGUGCGGGCCGCGUGCUGUCCGCCGCCCCCCUCGACCCGCACUCGGCGUGGCAGUGCAGCACCCCAGACUGCAGCUACGCCAUGCCUGCAGUGGCUGUGCAAAUGCUGCUCAAAAGGUUAACCGACGAGUUCGAGCAGAUAGACGCUAACGACGUGAGUGGGUUCGAAGACUUUAUCAAAAAGUACAGCAACGUGUUGCCGGCGAGCCACUACCUCUGCCUCUCCGCGCUGCACUCGCUCAGCCAACUGUACGGCAAAGUGACUGACUACAUGAUACAUAGGAUGUCGGAUGCGCAGCUUCACCGCAAGGUGCAAGUCUGCAGGGACCUCAUGAAGGUCUUCGAUCAAAUCGAGCCGGGGUACUCCAGAUUGAGGGGAAUAACGCUGUACGAACUGCACGCUCCGCUCAUGGUGUUGACCACGAGAGAUUUCGAAAAGAAAGCAAUCACAAAAGACAAUCUUCGAGAGCGCUUAAAAGAGAUUGUAAGCUAUCUAAAUGAGUCAGCGUUGAUCCUGGGCUUCGAGCCGUCGCAGACUUCUGAAGGUCUGAUGGCCUCCGCCGCCAGGGACGCUCUCAAGAUGAUCAAAACCUGGGAGCAGAUUAUCGGCAAGAUAUCCUGAAAAUAACCUUGAAGAAAAACUUAUACAACUUUAACACGUUAAAUGCCACCGACAAGCAUCGCAUGAUUUAUUCGAAAAAAUCUUAGUGGCAUGGAACGUGUUAAACCGCUAGUUUUCUAAUAUUAUUGUGUAAAUAAAGAUGAAGUAUACGAAAACAAAAUUAUUAUAAAUAAAUUACGGGUAUAAAUUAUGAAUGUUCACUAAUUAAUUUUAUUUAUGGGAUCGUAUUUUUGAUAAUAAAUCGUUGGUAUCGUUAUUUAUGUCUGGUUUUAUUAAUUAAAUA